AUGAAGUCACUCCUUUGUUUUUUCGCCCUCUUGCUGGCCUCGCUGGUCUCCGCCAUAAGCUCGACCGGCGACCGGCUGUUGGCCAUUUUCGACGAUAUUGAAGAGAAGGCCAGCUAUUCCAAGUUUCUGGGAGAUUUGGAAAGCAGGGGAUUCAAGAUCACAUUCGAGACACCCAAGAGCGAGUCCGUGUCCCUCUUCCACCUCGGAGAGCGGUCUUACGACCAUGUUAUCUUCUUCCCGACUAGGUCAAAGGGUCUUGGGCCUAACUUGACCCCGAAUCUCCUCCUCCAAUUCAUCAAUGCAAAAGGCAACAUCCUCCUGGCCCUCUCCUCAAGCAACCCAACCCCAACCAGCCUGGUCUCCCUCCUCGCCGAGCUCGACAUCCAGCUCCCCGCCGACCGCACCGGCCUCGUGGUCGACCACUUCAACUACGACUCCGCCAGCGCCUCGGACCUCCACGACGUGCUCGUCCUGCCUCCCCCGGGCCCCAUCCGGCCGGACGUCAAGGACUUCUUCGGCGGCGCCUCCGCCUCCUCGGGCGCCCUGCUGGCCUUCCCGCGCGGCGUGGGCGCGACGCUGGGCUCGGGCCCGCUGCUGACGCCCGUCGUGCGCGCCCCGGCCACGGCCUACAGCUACAACCCCAAGGAGCAGGGCGAGGCGCUGGACGAGGUCUUCGCCGCCGGCGAGCAGCUGAGCCUGGUGUCGGCGGUGCAGGCGCGCAACUCGGCCCGCCUCGCCCUCGUCGGCUCGGCUGAGAUGCUGCAGGACAAGUGGUUCGACGCAAAGGUGCGCAGGGCCGGCGACAAGGCCGACAGCCCAACCGGCAACCGCGAGUUCGCCAAGACGGUCGCCGGCUGGGCGUUCAAGGAGAUCGGCGUGCUGAAGGUCAACUGGGUUGAGCACCGCCUCGACGAAGACGCGGCCGAGACGAACCCCAAGAUCUACCGGAUCAAGAACGAUGUGACCUACACCAUCUCCCUCUCCGAGUGGUCCUGGGACAAGUGGACCGCCUUCAACGUCCCCGCCCACGACGCCCUCCAGCUCGAGUUCUCCAUGCUCUCGCCCUUCCACCGCGUGCCGCUCGUCGCCGACGCGUCCCGCUCGGACCCCAAGGCCGGGGCGGCCGCCUACUCGGCGUCGCUCCGGCUGCCGGACCAGCACGGCAUCUUCAACUUCGUCGUCAACUACAAGCGGCCCUUCCUCACAGCCGUCGAGGAGAAGCACACCGUCUCGGUCCGCCACAUGGCCCACGACGAGUGGCCGCGCAGCUACGCCAUCAGCGGCGCGUGGCCCUGGCUCGCGGGCAUCGGCGCCACCGUCGCCGGCUGGCUGGCGUUUGUGGCCGUGUGGAUGUUCAGCAAGCCCGUGGCGGGGCAGAGGGGUAGCAAGAAGACGCAGUGA